AUGGACAGCAACUACAGAUUCCUUCCCACUGAAGAAGAAUUGGUGAGCUACUUGAGGGAGAAGAAACAGGUUGACCACAUCAUCCCUGGGAUUAAUAUCUGCAACCACGAGCCUUGGGAAGUACCUGCGCUGUAUGAAGGGCUUUUCACAGAGCCAGACUCGCCAUAUCAGGGUAUGUUCUUCUUCAGCCCAAGGGAUUACAAGUACAGCGACAACAACUAUGCUCGCACUAACAGCGCCACUGCCCGAGGCUUCUGGAAAACCACAGGCAAAGAACGUGUGAUCAAGGCUGGAGGGUCCAUUGUGAGAAAGAGGACCUUCUUCUAUGAAGGUCGUGUGCCUCCAUAUAACAAGAACAACUGGGUCAUGCAUGAAUAUUGUCUCAUUGAAGAUGAGGCCAACCCUACACCUAAGCUGGCCCAGCAGGUGCAGAGGGAUUUUGUUCUGUGUUGCUUGAAGAAAAAACAAGAUAAGAAGGAUACUUCAAUCUUUGCUCAACCUGAUGAAUGGCCCUUGAUUUCUGAGGUGAGAUAAAGAAGUUGAGGUUUCAACCCAUAACCAAUUGGCCGUGGGAAGUGUAAUUGGUUUUAGAGUGGAACCUCAACUUUUGAUUAUGGGUAUAUCCAAACUUAACCCAUCGCUUGUUUAUGAUUCUUAAUACAGGAAUAUCCUCAGCCAGAAG